UGUGUCUUAAUCAGUUAGAAAUUCCUUAUCGACGAGUUAAAUUCCGACGACACGACAUUUCUUGAGAAUUAACGAUUUUUUUGUUCGUGCAUCUUACUUUCCCUUCUAGUUAGUCCGUAUAAAACUUGUUACUUCUAGUAUGUGACAACGGAUUGUGCAUGAUGGAAUUAAAUAAGUUACUAAAUUAAAUUAGGACUACAAAAUCUACUCUAAUAUGAAUUAGGAGAAGCAAUCCUAACUAGACGUGAAUUAAAUAAAUACCAUAUCCUAAAUGAAUUUGGUUUCCGAAUCCUACUUUUCUUAAUCCUUUCCACUUUAGGAUUUGCUUUCUAUGUACACCUAUAAAUAUAGAAAAGUAUAUUGAAUUGGUUAUUCACUCACCUAUUUCAAAAAAGGCUAUAUAUAUGUUACUGCUACGUGUGAGUGAGUGAGGUCUAGGUUUUGGAUCAAUCAAUUGUGUUGUUAUGGCGAAAAAUCAAAUUAAAGCAGAGAUAGAUUUGAGAAGAAUGGACGAGCAACUUGAUAAGCAUUUGGCUCGAAUUUUCGGCGAAAAUAAUAAAAAAGGGUUUGAAGAGUGCGAAGUCACGAAGGUCGUUGAAGAAUGGGAGUUGGAUCCCAAAAAGCUUAAAAUCAUCAAGUUUAUUGCUGAAGGGGCGUACGGAUCAGUUUACAAAGGUGUCUAUGACGGAAAACAAGUUGCGAUUAAAAUACUUGAUCUGAGCGAUGAAAAGAGAAGGACAACUCUAACAAAGGCUUUCGCUCAAGAAGUCUCUAUAUGGCACAAGCUUGAUCACCCAAACGUCGCAAGGUUAAUCGGAGCUUCGAAGAAAUUGCCCGAAGUAUCUACGAGCGGUAGACGAUGGAAGUGGAAUUUUGCUGCGAGAAAUCACUCCUGGGAAAAACAUCGAACUGGAUACUGCAUAGUGGUUGAAUAUGUCUCUGGAGGCACGCUAAGAUCACAUCUCUUGAAAAACAGUAUUCUCGGGAGAAGGUUAUCAUUGAACUCCGUUACUAAACUAGCGUUGGAUGUUGCAAGAGGAUUGAGUUACCUUCAUUCCAAGAAAGUUGUUCACAGAGACGUAAAGACUACAAAUCUAGUUCUCGACAAGGAAGGAAGGGUGAAAAUAAUAGACUUUGGAGUUUCUCGAGUUGAGGCUUCAUGUCCCACUAACAUGAGUGCCGAAACUGGCACCAUAGGUUACAUGGCUCCGGAGGUGCUAAUUGGUCUACCGUAUGAUCAUAAAUGUGAUGUCUAUAGCUUCGGAAUUUGUUUGUGGGAGAUAUAUUCUUGUUCAAUUCCGUAUAGUGGACAAAGUCCUCAUGCAUGUUCAGCUAUGUACAAGAGUCGAAGGCCAGAAAUACCAAACACUUGCCCGAGUGCUCUGGCCAAUAUAAUGAAGCAAUGUUGGGACGAUGACCCAAAAAAGAGGCCAGAGAUGCAGGAGGUCGUACUCAUGUUGGAAGCCAUUGACACACAAAAGAAGUCUCAUGGUUGUUUUUGUUUCAAAUGAUUGUUAUGUAUGAUAGAUUGAUUAGUUUUGGCUGUUGAAGCUUGUAUAUGUUUAGGCCAAAUGUUACAUGGUUGUUUUUACUGUUAUUGAAAUUUGGUUCUUGAAUAUAUGUUUUAGCCUCUUUAUUGAUCAAGACGCAAAUGGUAGAGAAUAUACAUGAACCUUUGUUUCAUGUACUGAUGACUAAACACGAGCAGUUUUUUUGUUUCUCAUUUUAGGUUUUUGUAUCUUCUAUGAUGUGACUUAUCAUUUACCUUUUUUGGUUCUCUACUUAUUUCUCAAUUUCAAUAGUAAAAAAUUAUCAGCCUUAUGUUAAUGUUUUUGUUUGAAUUACUCUAGAUGUAAAAACGUCAGGCGAUUUCUUUUCAUCUGCCCAUGUCUUGAUGGAUAGCAUUGUGUGUUGGUGGGCGGUGCACAUGCUUUGUGAAGUUAGUCGAGUUAUGUGUAAGCUGACUCAGACACUACGAUUACCCAAAAAAAUUGUGUUUUAAUGGGCCUAUGGAUUUGUAACGAGCUUCAAAGUCACAAGCUUUGCCAAGACUCAGCUUCUGGUUCUCGACUCCUUGUAUUUGGGCAGUUGGUUUACCAUUUGUUGGCCUUUUUGUCAUUUUUUCCUAAUUUUUUUCACUUGGGUAUUCUAAUUGCUUUGAGAUGGGUUGAAGCAGAUAGUCUGUCUACUUUGCUACGUGGAUUUACUUGAGCCGAGGGUCUAUUCAAAACAUUCUCUCUACCUUUUCGAGAUAGGGGCAAGGCUGCGUACACACUAUCUUCUCCAGACUCUGCUUAUGGGAUUACAAUGGGUAUAUAUGUUGUUUUUGUUGUUCUACUGUUCUUUAAGUAAAACUUGCUUUAAAUUCUUGUUCUUUUUGCUUGGCUGCAUGAUACAACCUCUGAAGGAUCCAAAAAAAUCCCAAGCUUAACAAUCACAUUUUUGAGGUACAAAUUAAGCUUAACACCAAAAUCCAAUAAAUCCAAAAAGUUCUCUAAGAACAAGUACGGUCAUAUAAAAAAAUUACAAUAAACAUAUACUCCUAUUUAUGAAUAGUGAUCAUGUAAUAGUGGGUGGUGAACCCCUACGCCUGAAAAUCUCAUACUGUUUGUAAUAAGGCCAAAUAUUUAUUUAAAUAAAGAUAUGGUAAAUGAUGAAUCUCCUUCAAUGAAAGUUAGAUUUAUUGAGUAAACAAAAAUUGGAAAUUGUUGUUAAGCUAGAUUGAUUUAUUAAUUGAUGAUUAUUUAUGGGGAAUUUAUAUUGAAAUUAAAGAUUCAAAUGUUUGGAUGGAGUGUGGCUGCAAAAGCAUGGAAUUUUGGAGUUGUUUAUUCAAAGUUAAUCAAACUGGACUAUUAGAAUGUGCUACUCAUAAGCCCCUCUUUAUUCAAAGUUAAUAAAAUCUCUCUAAUUAGGAUUCGAAUCUACUACCAGUCGAUUUAUACUCGACCUCUUUACCAAUGAGCUAACGAGAACCAAUUGGAGAUUCAAUCUCACCGAGAUCAAUUGUCGUCCCAACUCGAUAUGAGCUUGAAUCUUCCUUCGUGAUUCUCAGAACAUUUUUGUAUUGAUUGUACAAUCAGAUCUCCUUAUAAAAGUUAUCCUGUAUAGCAAUAUUUUCUAUAACGGCCAAGUUUUUUCCUUUUUUUUUUUUUGGAAUUGAUUUCAAUCUCACAAUAUCUUGUUAUAUAUAGAAGCAAAAAAAUAUGUAGAAUUUGAUGUUAUCUUCUUUUGAAGUUAUACUUGUUAUUUACAAAGUUUUCGAGUGCAACAAUAACUUCAACACAAGUUCAAGUAUAAGAAAAGAACACUCAUGAAGUUCCUUAAUACCUUCAACACAAGAUUAUGAAUAAUCUAUCCAAGAAGUAUGUUAGCUUUCAAAAACGAGAUGAAACAGAAUUUUUAAGGCCAAGUCCUCCGACUUCACGGAGUGUUCUUAAG